GACAAUGAUGACGUGACUUUAGUACAAAGUUUGAAUGUCUCUUUUUGUUUUCAUAGCUGAACCGGAACGGCAAGAACAACAAUCUCCAAAACCCAACUUAAAGAAGAGGCUGAGGGUGGAGAAGCAGAGUAGGAGAGCGCCACCGUUGGAGAACUUUGCUGGUGAGGGCCGUCCCUGCAGGUGAUCGACACGCCAUGUCCUCCCCCACUGCGACGGCGGGAAACUUCUGGCAGCCGGUAGAAAAUGUCAGCAGUCGGGGUCCUGACCCGUGGGAACGUGACGAGGCGUUGGCCCGGAUGGAGAUCAUCGUGCUGAGCGUGGCCUUCGUGGCGGCGACGGUGGGGAACGCCAGCAUGCUGCUGGCGGUGCGAGUUAGCCAGAGGAAGCCGUCACGCGUGCACCUGUUCAUGACGCACCUGAGCCUGGCCGACCUGGUGGUGGCCUUCUUCCAGGUGCUGCCGCAGCUGUGCUGGGAGGUCACCUUCCGUUUCCAAGGCCCAGACCUACUGUGCCGCGCCGUCAAGUUCCUGCAGGUGGUGGGCAUGUUCGCCUCGGCCUACGUGACCGUGGCCAUGACCGUGGACCGCUACGUGGCCGUGUGCCACCCGAUGACGACCCUCAACCGACCGAGGCGGCGUGCACGUGCCAUGAUAGCGUGCGCGUGGGCGUGCAGCCUGGCGCUGAGCACGCCGCAGGUCUUCAUCUUCUCCAUGCAGGAGGUGUACGCAGGCUCGGAUGUGUACGACUGCUGGGCUGACUUUGUGGAGCCGUGGGGUAUGCGCGCCUACAUCACGUGGAUCACGGCCGGCGUCUUCCUGGUCCCAGUGGCCGUGCUCGUCACGUGCUACGGCUUCAUCUGCCGCGCCGUGUGGACCAAUGGCAAGUGGAGCUCGCGCGGGCGGAACAUGCCGGGUGUAUCCCGCGGCAAAGUCCGCACGGUCAGGAUGACGCUGGUGAUCGUCCUCGCUUACGUCACCUGCUGGGCGCCUUUUUUCAGCGUGCAGAUGUGGUCCGCGUGGGACGACAACUUCACCUGGCACGAUUCUGACAACAUGCCGGUGACUCUCUCGGCGCAGCUGGCCAGCCUCAACAGCUGCGUCAACCCGUGGAUCUACUUGAUGUUCAGUGGGAACCUGCUGUCCGAUUUCGCCAGGCGACUGCCUUGCUGUCGCCGCCUCAGCGCCAAGUUUUCUCGUCCCGAUUCGAACAGCAGCCCCCGGUCGAGCACGCAGCUGUCCCGCUUGCAAGGUCCGCGCCACUCUCGGCCAUGCACGGCGAAGAACUGCCCAGCAGAGACUGCGCCGCCUCCGUGUGAUGCCAAAGAACCAGCUUGAGGGGAAACUGCAGGAAGGCCCUGCAGAUGGAGACCACGACAGCGGAGAAGAUCAUCGGCCGGCCCUCCGCCCUCCUUAGAGGUAAUUGCUCGCUCUCGCUGCCUCGGCAAAGAAAAUCCCGUCAGACGCCUCUCACCCUGAUCAGCACUUGUUCAAGAUGCUGCCAAGAGAUUUUGCUAACACAAGAUCAGGACAAACAGAGUUCAACAGUUUCUGCGCGUGGGCCAUUAGGAUAUUGAAUCUGUCCCAAUAGCUUACAUUGAGUUUCACUGUUGCACUGCUGUUUGUACUGCUAUUUAACAUUUUAUUUAUUGUUUCUCUUAAAGGCCUACUGAAAGCCACUACUAGCGACCACGCAGUCUGAUAGUUGAUAUAUCAAUGAUGACAUCUUAACAUUGCAACACAUGCCAAUACGGCCGGGUUAACUUAUAAAGUGACAUUUUAAAUUUCCCGCUAAACUUCCGCUUGAAAACGUCUAUGUAUGAUGACGUAUGUAUGAUGACGUAUGCAUGAUGACGUACACUACCGUUCAAAAGUUUGGGGUCACCCAAACAAUUUAGUGGAAUAGCCUUCAUUUCUAAGAACAAGAAUAGACUGUCGAGUUUCAGAUGAAAGUUCUCUUUUUCUGGCCAUUUUGAGCGUUUAAUUGACCCCACAAAUGUGAUGCUCCAGAAACUCAAUCUGCUCAAAGGAAGGUCAGUUUUGUAGCUUCUGUAAGGAGCUAAACUGUUUUCAGAUGUGUGAACAUGAUUGCACAAGGGUUUUCUAAUCAUCAAUUAGCCUUCUGAGCCAAUGAGCAAACACAUUGUACCAUUAGAACACUGGAGUGAUAACUGCUGGAAAUGGGCCUCUAUACACCUAUGUAGAUAUUGCACCAAAAAGCAGACAUUUGCAGCUAGAAUAGUCAUUUACCACAUUAGCAAUGUAUAGAGUGUAUUUCUUUCAAGUUAAGACUAGUUUAAAGUUAUCUUCAUUGAAAAGUACAGUGCUUUUCCUUCAAAAAUAAGGACAUUUACAUGUGACCCCAAACUUUUGAACGGUAGUGUAUGCGCGUGACGUCAAUGGUUGAAACGGAAGUAUUCGGCCCCAUUGAAUCCAAUACAAAAAACUCUGUUUUCACCACAUAAUUCCACAGUAUUCUUGACAUCUGUGUUGGUGAAUCUUUUGCAAUUUGUUUAAUGAACAAUGGAGACUGCAAAGAAGAAAGUUGUAGGUGGGAUCGGUGUAUUAGCGGCUGGCUGCAGCAACACAACCAGGAGGACUUUGAGAUGGAUAGCAGACGCGCUAGCCGCCGACCUCACCUUGACUUCCUACUUCUCCGGGCCGCCGACCGCAUCUAUGAUCGGGUGAAGUCUUUUGUCACUCUGUCGAUCGCUGGAACGCAGGUGAGCACGGGUGUUGAUGAGCAGAUGAGGGCUGGCUGGCGUAGGUGGAUAGCUAAUGUUUUUGGCAUAGCUCUGUGAGGUCCCGUUGCUAAGUUAGCUUCAAUGGCGUCGUUAGCAACAGCAUUGUUAAGCUUCACCAGGCUGGAAAGCAUUAACCGUGUAGUUACAUGUCCAUGGUUUAAUAGUAUUGUUGAUCUUCUGUCUAUCCUUCCAGUCAAGGGUUUAUUUCUUUUGUUUCUAUCUGCAUUUAAGCACGAUGCUAUCACGUUAGCUCCGUAGCUAAAGUGUUUCGUCGAUGUAUUGUCGUGGAGAUAAAAGUCACUGUGAAUGUCCAUUUCGCGUCCUGGACUCUCAUUUUCAAGAGGAUAUAGUAUCCCAGGUGGUUUAAAAUACAAAUCCGUGAUCCACAAUAGAAAAAGGAGAGAGUGUGGAAUCCAAUGAGCCAGCUUGUACCUAAGUUACGGUCAGAGCGAAAAAAGAUACGUCCUGCACUGCACGCUAGUCCUUCACUCUCACGUUCCUCAUCCACGAAUCUUUCAUCCUGGCUCAAAUUAAUGGGGUAAUCGUCGCUUCCUCAGCCCGAAUCUCGCUCGCUGCUGGUGUAAACAAUGUGGAAAUGUGAGCAGUCCUUCCUCCUGUGACGUCACGCUACUUCCGGUAGGGGCAAGGUUUUUUUUUAUCAGAGACCAAAAGUUGCGAAAUUUAUCGUCGUUGUUCUCUACUAAAUCCUUUCAGCAAAAAUAUGGCAAUAUCGCGAAAUGAUCAAGUAUGACACAUAGAAUGGAUCUGCUAUCCCCGUUUAAAUUUUAAAAAAUCAUUUCAGUAGGCCUUUAACAGAGCAGCCACCAAUAUUUUUGCCAUUAUGUCAUGUUUCAUGACAAUAAAGUGUUCUAUUCUAUUCCAUUCUAUUCUUUUCUAUUCUUAUUCCACACUCUUAUUGCACAAUCAAUACUCAUAUCCCACAACAAAUACUCCCGUUCCACACUAAGAUUCCACAGUAAAUACUCUUAUCCCGCAAUAAGUACUCUUAUCCCUCACUCUGAUUCCGCAAUCAAAACUCCUAUUCCACAAAAAACAGUUACAUUCCACAAUAAAUACUCUUAUUCCAAAUGAAUACUCUUAUUUCAAAAUAAAGUAAAAGUAAUACGUAUAAUAUCAUCGCAGGGACAAUACAGAUAGACAACAUUUUUAAUUUUAUUCCUCACUCCUAUUUUUCCUGGACCUGAGGCAUGAAUACUGUACUCUUAUUCCACAACAAAUAAUCCUACCUCACAAUUAAUACUCAUAUUCCACACACGUAUUCCACAAUUAAUACUCUUAUUCCACAAUAAACUCCUAUUCCACACUCGAAUUUCAUAGUAAAUAAAUGAAUGAUAAAUACUCCUAUUCUGCAAUAAUCACUCUUGAUACCACAAUCCAUACUCCUAUUCCACAAUAAAUACUUGUAUUCCACAAUACACACUCUAAUUCCAAAUGAAUACUCCAUUCCAAAAUAAAAUUAAAAUAAGUAUUUUAAUGUAUUAUUUUUUUAAUAUUUUAUUUUAUUAAGAUUCCUCACUGCUCAUUCCGAAAUAAAUACUGUACUCUUAUUCCACAACAAAUAAUCUGACUGCACAAUAAAUAAGACUAUUCCACAUGUUUAAUCCACAAUCAAUGCUCUUAUUUCACGAUAAAUAGUCUUAUUAAUUAAUAAGCUUAUUCCACAUUCUCAUUCCCCAAUCAAUACUCCUAUUCCACUAUAGAUACUCUUACUGCACACUUGUAUUCCACAAUAAAUACUGUUAUUCUGCAAUAAUAACACUUAUUCCACAAUAAAUACUUUUAUUCCACACUCAAUUCCACAAUAAAUACUCUAAUUCCAAAUGAAUACUUUACUCCAAAAUAAAAUUUAAAUAUGUCUUUUUAAUCUAUUCUUUUAGUUGAUUAAAAUUCCUCACUGCUCAUUCCGCAAUAAAUACUGUACUCUUAUUUCAAUACAAAUAAUCUGACUUCACAAUAAAACAAUUCCACAUGCUUAAUCCACAAUCAAUGCUCUUAUUUCACAAUAAAUACUCUUACUGAACACUUGUAUUCCACAAUAAAUACUGUUAUUCUGCAAUAAUAACUCUUAUUCCACAAUAAAUACUUUUAUUCCACACUCGUAUUCCACAAUAAAUACUUGUAUUUCACACUCAAUUCCACAAGAAAUGCUCUAAUUCCAAAUUAAUACUUUACUCCAAAAUAAAAUUUAGUUUCCUAUUUUUAAUCUAUUCUUUUAGUUGAUUAAAAUUCCUCACUGCUCAUUACGCAAUAUAUUCGGUAUAUUCCAAUACAAAUAAUCUGACUUCACAAUAAUUGAGACAAUUCCACAUGCUUAAUCCACAAUCAAUGCUCUUAUUUCACAAUACAUAGUCUUAUUAAUUAAUAAGCUUAUUCCACAUUCUCAUUCCACAAUCAAUACUCUUAUUCCACAAUGGAUACUCUUACUGCACACUUGUAUUCCAAAAUAAAUACUCUUUGUCCACACUCGGAUUCCACAAGAAAUACUCUUAUUCUGCAACAAUUACUCUUAUUUCACAAAUACUUUUAUUCCACACUCGUAUUCCACAAUAAAUACUUGUAUUCCACACUCAAUUCCACAAUAAAUUCUGUAAUUCCAAAUGAAUACUUCACUCCCCCCAAAAAUAUGUAUUUUUAAUCUAUUCUUUUAGUUGAUUAAAAUUCCUCACUGCUCAUUAUGCAAUAAAUUCUGUACUCUUAUUCCACAACAAAUGAUCUUACUUCACAUUAAAUAAGCUUAUUCCACACGCUUAUUCCACAUUCAAUGCUCUUAUUUCACAAUAGCCUUAUUAAUUAGUAAGCUCAUUCCACCAUCAAUACUUUUAUACCACACUCAGAUUUCACAAUAAAUACUCUUAUUCUGCAGUAAAUACUCUUAUUCCACACUCGUAUUCCACAAUAAAUACACAUAUUCCACACUCGUAUUCCACAAUAAAUACUCUUAUUCCACGCUCUGAUUUUACAAUCAGUACUCUUAUUCCACAAUAAAUACUCUAUUCCAAAAUAAACACUCUUAUUCCACAAUGUUUUGUUGUUGUUGUUUUUUUUACAUUUACUGUACUUCAUUAACUGAUGUGUAUGUUUCCCACAGACUACAGUAACAAUCGAUUGUAUGCUCUUAUUCCUACUUUACAUGCGGGCCAUUCCACCCAGUAUCUGACAUUUGCAUUUCCAGGAACUUAAAUGUGUAAAUGCAGAAUAAAUGAACUGUAAAAUCCAUGUUUAUAAUGGCCUACAUGUCCUGCACUUUUAGAUUACAUUCAACACUGGAAGGACAGCAUUUGUAAUCAUUUUGAAUACUUCACAAAUGUUAUAUUUUCUUUACAUAUUUGUGUUACUCCUUAUUCUAACUAUACUUUAUGCUUUUAUUAUUUAUAAAAAAACAAACAAUGAGGUGGAAAUGUAUACUUUACUGGUGU